AUGCCAAUGUCGUGCGCCGCAUCGGCGUUCCUGGCGGUCCACUGCAAACGUGGGGAGCGCUGCGACUUGAAAGGUCCCAUUCUGAGGUAUGCGAAGAGAGUUUACGGCGCCCAACACGCGGAGGACGCGGCGUCAGAUCUGGACGAAGUUCAGACCCUGCGGAAUGAGGUGCUGGCGAUCAGCAGCGGGGGCCCCAACGACACGGCACGGGACACACUCAGCAGGUACUGCCGAGCGCUGUCCGUCAUGGAGACCAGAUUCCCAAUCAGCAAGGACCGCGAUCACGCACAGGUGAACUUCACGUGGAUGGAGGCGCUGCAGCCAAGGAGGAAGAUGCGUCAGCCCAACAUACAUUUCGAGAAGGCCUCCGUGCUCUUCAACCUUGGUGCAAUCCUGUCGCAACAAGCAGCCGUGAACGGCAUGCGCACCCCGGAAGGCUGCAAGGAGGCAUGCUCUGCUUUCCAGGAAGCUGCUGGCGUGUUCCAAAGGGUGAAAGACGUUGCCCUCAAGAUAGGCACACCUCAAGCUGUUGACCUGAGUGCAGAGAGCUUAGGUCUGCUAGAGAAGCUUAUGUUGGCCCAAGCACAGGAAUGUGUGUUUCUGAAAGCCAGCAUGGACAAGAAGACAGCCAUGGUGUUGGCGAAAGUAGCAAAGCAGACAUCUGUGUUGUAUGCUGAGACGCUCAGCCUGUUUGGACAGCCGCUGGUUAAGGACUACUUUGAAAGGCAUUGGCUGGGUCAUGUGCAGUUGAAGAGUUGGAUGUACGAUGGCUUGUGCCAGCAGAAGGCGGCAGAGCAUGCUGCAGCCACAGAGGACAUGGCAGGAGAAAUAUCACGCCUCAGGCAGGCGUCCGCAUUGCUGCACAGGGCUGGAAAAGACUCCAAAACCAUGAGCCAGGACAUUCAGGACAGCAUCAAGUCUGCUGAGGACGCUGUGAACACAAGGCUCUCAAGAGCAGAAAAGGACAAUGCUGCUGUGUACCUAGUCAAAGUUCAACAAUUUUCUGAACUACCGCCUGUUGAGGGAGCCCUGUUGGUAAACUCUUCUCCUCCCACCAAACUGGAUGCUUCCAACGAGCACCUCUUUGCUUCGUUGGUGCCAGAGUCAAGUGCCAAGGGACUGUCACGCUAUGCAGAGCUCGUUGACGAGAUCAUUCACCAGGAAACAGGCAAGCUGGAGAGUGCCACAGAUGAAGCAAGGCUAAAACUGACCGAAUGGGAGUUGCCUGGCUUGCUGGAUGCCAUUGAGAACAUAAGGGGAUCGACUCUGCCCGAUGGGCUGCGACAAGAACUGGAGGAAGUUGAGCGUGCAAAUGGUGUAACAUACCUGAAAGAGAUGUCAGCGCAAAUCACAGCUCUGUGUCAGACUGGCCAUGAAGAUUUGAUCAAGUGUGAGACAGAACUAGAUGAGGAAGCAAAGAAAGAUGCUGAGUUGAGAAAACAGUAUGGGGACAAGUGGAAGCCCCCUGCAUCGGCAUCCUUGACCACCCACUUCAGGAAGCUGUUGACAACAUACAGGAGCAAUCUUUCAGCCGCAAGUCACAGCGACAAAGUUGUUCUGGAGAAGCUUGCCGUGAAUGCGACAACCUUUGGCAGCCUCACUGUUGGCACAGCUGCAGCACGGAUGCCUAGGCUAGUAGCCCCAAUUGUGAAUUUGGCAGGUGUAGAUCCUACAACCGUGGUGAUGAAGCUCAGAACAUGUCUGGAGCAACUGAACAGUGUUUCAGCUGAAAGGGCUGGUCUUGAAGAUGCUUUGAAGGAAAGAAAGACAAAGGACAACAUUCUUCCAAAGCUGUUGUCAUCAGCAGGAUCACAAGAUGAUCUGUUUCACAAUGAGCUGAAGAAAUAUGAUGACCUGAAAGCGGAUGUGAAGGACAAUCUGGAGAAACAGGCCCAGUUGUUGACUGACAUUGGCUCAGCCAAUGUGUCAUUCAGAGAGACGUUCAAUGUGCCAGUAUGGAAGAAUCAAUGCCAAAUUGCAGCAAAGGAGAUAAAAGACGAGAUCCGGCUGUUUUAUGAAGUGCGUGACAACCUUGGAGAGGGCAUGCGCUUCUACAUGUCGCUGCAAGAUGCUGUCAGAACAAUGCUGCAGCAGACAAGCGACUUCUGCAUGACCAGAAGAAUGCAGAGGGAUGAGUACUUGCAGAGUGUCAGCAGCCAAAGGUCACCCCGUGGCGGUGGAAUGUUUGGUAUUUUCAAGGGCAUGAGGGACCAGAUGUUCCCUCGGCCAUCGCCAGCACCUGCUGUCCAGCAGCCACCGCAACAGAUGCAGAACGCUGACCUGCAUCCAGAGACCUCCGGCCGUUCUGAUCCCCCGUCCCAGUCACAGCAUCAGGCACUCCCCCUAUACCCAUCUCUGCAAGGUUUGGAGCGCAGCCAGGAGCUCCACCUCCACAACCAAACAUGA